AUGGCUAAGCAAUCUCUAGACGUUUCCUCUGACAGAAGAAAGGCCAGAAAGGCUUACUUCACUGCCCCAUCCUCUGAACGUCGUGUGUUGUUGUCCGCUCCUUUGUCCAAAGAAUUGAGAGAACAAUACAACAUCAAGGCUUUGCCAAUCAGAAAGGAAGACGAAGUCUUGGUUGUUCGUGGUUCCAAGAAGGGUCAAGAAGGUAAGGUUUCCUCUGUCUACAGAUUGAAGUUCGCUGUCCAAGUUGACAAGUUGACCAAGGAAAAGUCUAACGGUGCUUCCGUCCCAACCAACAUCCACCCAUCCAAGGUCGUCAUCACCAAGUUGCACUUGGACAAGGACAGAAAGGCCUUGAUCCAAAGAAAGGGUGGUAAAUUGGAAUAA